AUGGCGGACCUGUCGCCAGCUACACUCCGCCGCAGAAGGGAUUACAAUCAGACCACCACGGCACUCCGCAACCAUGGGAUUCGAUAUCGGUGGGGGUUUCCCACGAAACUAAUACUCACCAAAAGCGGGAAGACGUCCAUCAUAUCAUCCCCAGAAGAAGGAUUACAGCUUAUCGAGACAUGGGGCCUACUAAAAGAACCGCCGGGAGAACCGCGGCAUGACAAACGCCGCCCAGGCCGCAAUGCAGCCAUGGACUGA